UUGUUUGGUCAGUAAUGAUUCUAUAAAAAAGGUAAAGGUAAAGGUCUUGUUUAUUAUAGUGUCACCCCUUUUGAAAGGGCCAGCCAAUUUGGCUUAUGAGACACCUUUAUUGUGCGUACCAAUUACCUCCCAACUCCUACCACUAUACCAGGCGCCAGGUGGAUAGAAGUCGGUAACCAUUCAUUUAACUAGCUCGCGGCUCACGAACCGGCCUUUUCGGAAUGAGUCCCAUGACAAACAUUCCCCGGACGAACGCUCCCCAUGGGGCUCGAACCUUCGACCUGCCGAUCCCGAGGCGGACGCCUUAACCACUGGGCCACGGUUUCUAUAUGUAUGAUAUAAACAUGCCCCUAUUUGGGUCUUUUUUUUUCUUUUUUUUUUGCUUAAUAAUUGACCAAACAGGUGAACUGAAUUCCUAUGAUGUAAAUCAGAUAAGUGAUUCUUUAUUUUGCUAAACCUCUGUUGUCAUCUAUUUAGCAAAAUUGGUACUUUCUUUGUCAAUCUAGGGAGAACAGUACAGGAAGAUUGUUUAUUUGAAUUAUUUGUCCUUGAACUUUGACCCCACUGUCUGGUUCAUUCAUCAUGUGAUGUCAUCAUUGACCUCGGUAUUGGAGUCCAUGCCAGCCAAAAGGUCAUGUCUCAUCAUUGUGAAGGAAGAGUUCUCAAUCUUAGAGAACAGUUUACAUUUGUUGGAAGCCAAGUCGUCUGCUGCAAUAUCAAAAAUGAAAACACUCUACACAAAUAAAAGACCACUGGAUGGUGUUGAACCACUGAUAGAGCUGUUGUCUCUAACUUUACGAGCAAAGACAUAUCUUCUUAUGAGUCCUGAGGAACAACUUGGAAACAAGCUUUAUAAAAUUGUUCAAGCAAUCUUUCCAACAGCAUAUGAGCGACAUAAGAUGGUAGCAGAAGAUGAACUUAGACAUAACAAAUGGGAUACAGAACUAAGUCCCCAGCUAUUGAAUAUGUUGAUAGGAUAUAUACGAGAUGAGGUCAUAGACUACAAACAGAAUUACCAGUCAGCUUUCCAGAAGUAUUUCAAUAUAACAGUAGAGGCAGCUCAAGAGUUCUACAAACUACUGAUGUCUGAUGUUGCAGAGCUACUGAAGCAGACAAAAGACAUAAACGUAUUAAAGAUAAACAAGUUAAUGUUAAGUUUGGCAUACAGGCUGAAUCAGCUAGACCAGGACUGGAUGAUCUAUAUAUCUCCACAGAUGCAGACGUGGCGUGACCUUUUCCUGGUGGAGGCCCAGCAUUGGGGAGCCAUGUUGAAACGAGAUGUGCAGAAGUUGAUUACACAUACUGUCUCAUUGGACAGGUAUCCAGUGUGUGAGUUACAGUGGACUGGUUGCCUACCAGCCUCUAGUCGCAGAAAUGAAAGGCAGAGAACCAUUUCAAAGUCACUUACACCAUCUAUAAAUAGCGCAUUUACUUCACCACUGUCUGCAGCAUCAACUCCAAAUUUCAUGCCUGGUUUGACACCACUCCAUAGUCAUACUACAGAUCAAGGUCAUUCUAGGGCUUCAGAACACCGCAAACCUACAGAAUUCCCCAUUGAGACCCCAACAAGUCAUCAUUUUGAUUCUGCUAAUUCGCUUUUAGAAAGACGCCCCAGCUCUGACCCAGUCAAUAUAUCACAGAGUUCAUUAUUAAGCGGUUCAUAUCUUGGAGAUAUGGCGAGAUCUUUAGGUCACUAUGACGAAGAUAAUUUGCUCUCCUUUGCACAUCUCCGACAUAGUAGCUCUUUACCUAAUAUCCCAGCACGAGAAAAAUACAUAGAAAUGAUGCCAACUUCCUCAAAAGAAAAUAGUCAUACUAAAGAAACCAAGGUGAAGGGUAGCCAGCGGAAUCAUGGAUUUAGUAGAAAUAAUUCAAAUGUUUCACCAGAGAUAGCCAAAGUAAUGAGUUCAGGGAUAGAAAAGUGUCACAAUGAUGAAUCAGACGACAGUGGGACAUUAACAGACGACUCUUGCUCACAAGAAGCUGACUUCAGUUUCCCCCCAUUACAGGAAGUGACAUCCUCGCCACCAGUAGGUGGCAGCACAGAAAAUGCCCCAGUCACUAUGAUACCAGAUAUAGCUGGUAGUUCAGCAGUGGUUAGACCAGUGGUUCAGAAUACCUCUACUGCAGCCGUACCAGUCAAACCCGUUGCCAAGGUGCCGUCUGCUCAAGGCACCUCUGCUACAGUUUUCAAGCAAGUUGCUAAAGAUAUAUCAGGAAAGAGAGACAAGCAAGCAAAACCAGCUAAAUUGAAAAUAAAUAGCUCUCCUUCAAAAGUUGACAAAAUUCAAAGUGUGCAUUCAGAUAAACCAGUGCCAUAUAUUCAUUCAGUGCCAAGUCAUGGCCCUAUCAAAACUCGUGCCAGUAUUUUGAGAGAUUCUGAAACCCACCAUGUAAGAACCAGUGCAAAGCAUGUUGAAGAUUCACUCACAAACUCUCUGGUUUCAAAUUUGUCAUUAGCCCAACCACCAAAAACAAAUGAAUCAGUAUUAACAACUUUACCAAUAUCUAGCUCAACAGUGGAUGUAAUAAUUAUUUUGCAAAGACUUGUGGGUAUUGGCAAGGUGCUGUGUAGAACACUGGCACCCUCUAGACCUGGUUACGAAUCUGACCAAUCAGUGCAGACUUCCAGCAGAGAAGAUGACUUUCCCUCGCCACCAGUUUUCACAAAAUCUAGACAAAAGUUGUAUGACUGCUUUUUAAGUGCAAUAAGAGGAACAGUUACUGUGUAUGCUGACAAUAUGCUGUGUAUGGAUUUAUGUGGGACUACACAAUCUAUGGCUAGUAGACUUGCUGGACCACGGAUGAUAUGCUGCCAUUUGGAUGCUAACAUCGGAAGUGAACAGAAUGCAGGCACCUUACAUAGAUACGGAACUGAACAGAUUCCUGGGCUACAAAUCAAUCAUGAAACAGACAAAUCCAUUUUGGUAUUAACAUUUUUCCAGAUGGUUGAUGAUGAGAAACCUAGAUGA